AUGGUAGUAUUCUUUUUUAUAACGUUCGGACAGAAACCGAGCGUGAAAACGCAGCGAGAAAUACUCGAGAACGGAUCGCGACAUAUUGGAUUUGGAGGAAAAGGAACGAACGAAACAGAUGCGAAGAAGAAGAAGAAGAAGAAGAAGAAGAAUCAUUCAUUCAACGUGGACGAGGAGGACGUCGGAAAGACGAAAAACUUUACCAAUUUUGCGAAGAAGACGAAGUCGUGUUGUUACGCCAUAGACGAGACGAAAGUGUUACUCGGCACGAACGGCGACGUGGAUUACGAAAAAGCCAAGAGCGCGCUGAAAUCGUGGAAACAGUUUCAACUCGGAUGGACCGAAGUGGACGAAGCAACGCGAGUGAGAAAAGGGCAAAAAGUGUGCGUCAUGAUUCAACCGUUUCCAAGGGUGUGGCUGCUCAAUCCGCUGGAAAUCACAUACGUAAGCGAAGAGAAAAAGAAGUCGUAUUCCUUCGCGCACACGACUUUGCAAGGGCACUUAUUAGCCGGAGAGGAGAAGUUUACCGUGGAGAAGGACUUGCAAAACGACCGAGUGUAUUUUAAAGUGGAGACGUUUUCGAAACCAGAUCAUAUUUUGGCGAAAGUUAUGUAUCCGGCGGUGAGGGCGUUGCAGAAGAUUUUCGGAGCGCACGCCGGUUUUGAGAUGAAGAAAGCGGUGAGGAACAUGUAG